ACACCGAAGAAGCUUCCGUCCUGCGGUCAUUUUAAAAUAUCUGAGGUCCCAGAUUUACGCAAAAGGCUAUACCAACAGUCCUCCCCGCUGCUCAUGAACCACUGAUCUUCAUGUUGGAUGAGCAGAAUGUUGCUUCCUCUGCGAUCCUCAGAAAAUGAACACCACUCUGUGUGACUCUGCAGCGACCAUGUAUGACCUGACAACAGACCACCAACUUAACUCCAGCUGCAACUGCUCCUCGCCCUCUUCCAACCGGACUGCAGGGGAUGAAGACCUGGAGCUGCCCACGUUCACCACAGCAGCCAAAGUCAGAGUGAUUAUCACCUGUAUUCUCUGUGGCAUAUCGGCCUUUUGCAACCUGGCAGUACUGUGGGCGGCGCACAGCGAUGGGAAACGGAAAUCCCACGUCAGGGUGCUUAUAAUCAACCUGACGGUGGCUGAUCUGCUGGUGACCUUCAUCGUGAUGCCUGUGGAUGCCGUGUGGAACAUCACAGUCCAGUGGCUUGCUGGGGACUUUGCCUGCAGGCUACUGAUGUUUCUGAAGCUGCAGGCGAUGUACUCCUGCGCCUUUGUCACCAUGGUGAUUAGUCUGGAUAGGCAGUCAGCCAUCCUCAACCCUCUGGCUAUCAGUAAAGCCAGAAAGAGGAACAGAGUUAUGCUGACUGUGGCGUGGGGCAUGAGCAUAGUGCUGUCAGUCCCUCAGAUGUUCCUGUUUCACAAUGUCACCAUCAUCUACCCCAAGGACUUCACUCAGUGCACCACACGUGGAAGUUUUGUCACUCACUGGCAUGAAACAGCCUACAACAUGUUCACUUUUUCCUGCCUGUUCCUGCUGCCUCUGGUCAUCAUGAUCACCUGUUACACCAGAAUCUUCUGUGAGAUUUCCAAACGACUGAAAACGGACAACUUGUCCUCCAACGAAGUGCAGUUGCGGUGUUCGAAGAAUAACAUCCCCAAAGCCCGGAUGAGAACGCUGAAAAUGAGCAUCGUGAUCGUCUCGUCUUUCAUAAUCUGCUGGACGCCAUACUACCUGCUGGGCCUGUGGUACUGGUUCUUCCCUGAUGACCUGGAGGGGAAGGUCUCCCAAUCACUGACCCACAUCCUGUUCAUCUUUGGGCUCGUCAACGCCUGCCUGGACCCAGUCAUCUACGGCCUGUUUACCAUUCACUUUCGAAAGGGGCUACGGAGGUUUAACUGCAAUGCCACCGCAAUGUCCGAUCACGACAACAACACGGUAUUAACUGGAUCUUUCAGUUGUGCUGCCAACACUUUUCCACUAAAAAAAGAUGUGAGCACUGUCAGUCAGGAGAGAUUCAUGCUGUGCUGUGAUAACCACAGCACAGCAGAGUCAGCAUCAAGAAGAAGCAGCUUUUUAAUAGCAGACAACAAUGCAGAGAGAGAUUCAAACCCAUCCAGCCCUCAGAGCAUCAUAUGA